AUGGCAUCGGAUAUUGGCUUUUCCAAAAACAUUGCAAUUGCUCCAAAAACCGUGCCAUUCUGUUGCCGAGACGGAUGGAAAAUAACUCUUGUUGGGAGCAGGUUCACUAGCGCCACCGAAUCCAGAUAUGCCCCCGUAGAAGGCGAAGCACUUGCGGUUGCUGAUGCUUUAGAAAAAGCGAUAUACUUUGUUCUCGGAUGUGACAAGCUAAUCAUCGCUGUGGAUCACAAGCCCUUAAUCAGACUUUUUGGUGACAGAUCACUAGAAGAUAUUCCUAAUUCAAGACUUCGUAACCUAAAAGAGAAAACUCUACGUUACAAAUUCACAAUGUUACACGUGCCCGGCGCCAAACAUCGAGUUGCUGAUACCGUUUCUCGUCACCCAGUUGGGAAAUCUGAUAGCAUGGUUUUAAUCGAUGAUAUUGCUUCUGUUCAUAUCUGCAACAAGAAUGAGGCGCAACAUACCAUCCAAACACAUUAUCACAAAAUCGCAGAUGAUACACUGGAAAUCCCAUUGAAAAGUAGCGAAGCUAUCUUCUACUCGACAGCAUUGUCAUCAGUCACCUCACUUCAGUGUAUAACCUGGGAUAGAAUAAGGACUGCCACAACAAGCGACGAGUACAUGUUCCAGCUCGUACAGAUGAUUGAAAGUGGCAUCCCAGAAACACGAAACGAUCUUCCAGUUCCCCUGAGAGAAUAUCAUCAGUUCCGUAACAACCUCUCCACUAUCGAUGGAGUCAUCAUAUAUAAGGACAGAAUAGUGAUACCACCUUCAUUGAGAACAGACGUGCUGACAGCGCUACACUCAGCCCACCAAGGCACUUCAUCCAUGAUGUCAAGAGCAGAAACAUCUGUGUUUUGGCCCGGCAUAUGCAACGACAUCACCAAGCUUAGAAACUCAUGCAACCAUUGCAACAGAAAUGCCCCAUCCCAACCCAGCGCCCCGCCAACUCCAUCUGUCUACCCCUUAUAUCCAUUUCAGUGUGUUUGUGCCGACUUUUUCCACUACAAAGGCGGUAAUUACCUGGUGAUUGUAGACAGAUACUCAAAUUGGCCAAUUGUUGAAAGGGCACAAGAUGGCGCAUCUGGCCUUGUUGAUUGCUUACGCCGCACAUUCGUCACAUUUGGAAUACAGGAUGAACUGUCUUCAUGGCGGCCCGGAAUUUACAGCUUCAACAACCAGAGAUUUCCUAAAAACAUGGGGUGUGCACUACAGGCUUUCUUCUGUAGCCUUUCCUCAUAG